CCUCAUUCUACGGGAAUUACAGGCACCCGGGAAUCGAGCAGCGGACAGCGCCGCAUCGGAUCUUCAGGAGCUGCAGCGAAAGAGUGUGGUAGUUUCGCUCUCUUUCACUCUGGUGCCCGCAGUGAAGAGCCGAACCACUCGGUCGCGUCUGAAGGCAACCUCGCGGAUCGUGAUGAGCUACUGACUGAG